GUGAGUGCUGCAACGCCAGAGUAAGAUCUUGUUUUAUUACUAUCUCAAAAACAAAAUAUUUUUAUUAUUUCUAACAACAGAGAGUUGUUUUUAGAAGCGAGUGAUGGAGAGGCCUACUCAUAGAAUAAAAAUGAAAUGCUUUGUGUUCAUGGCCGUCCUCAGUUUUCAUCUUUGUCUCGGAGAUCUCCGCUAUUCCAUCUCGGAGGAGAGGCGACGAGGAUCUACAGUCGGAAAAAUUGCUCAGGAUUUGGGAAUGGACACGAAAACUCUGUCGUCUCGGAAACCUCGUGUGGAUUUUGAAGGCAGUAAACGAUACUGCGACAUUAAUCCGCAAUCAGGAGAGAUCGUUGUAAAUGAGAGGAUUGAUCGCGAGGCUUUGUGUGGUCAAAAACAAUCGUGCGCCAUUCAUUUUGAUUUUUUUCUUGAGAACCCUUUAGAACUACAUCGGGUGACUUUAGAAAUACAGGACAUAAACGACAACGCUCCGAAAUUCAGAAAUGAAGCAGUUGAAUUAGAAAUUCAGGAAUCGGCGAUUAAAGGAGCUCACUUUUCCUUAGACGAAGCAUAUGACCCGGAUUUUGGUACUAACAGUGUCCAGAGCUAUACUCUGUCAAACAAUGAACAUUUUAUUCUGUCUCCUCAGAGAGUCGCGGGUCGUGGUAGACUCCCAGAAAUUGUGUUAGAAAAUGAGCUUGACAGGGAGAAGCAGGACCGCUUAUUCUGGUUUUAACAGCUUAUGACGGGGGCUCUCCACAGAGGACUGGCACAGUGCUCGUGAACAUCCGCGUAUUGGAUGCAAACGACAAUGUUCC